CCUCCAUAUCAGGUGAUUCAGGUGUUCCAAUCCCCUCCAUAUCAGGUGAUUCAGGUGUUCCAAUCCCCUCCAUAUCAGGUGAUUCAGGUGUUCCUAUCCCCUCCAUAUCAUGUGAUUCAGGUGUUCCUAUCCCCUCCAUAUCAUGUGAUUCAGGUGUUCCUAUCCCCUCCAUAUCAUGUGAUUCAGGUGUUCCUAUCCCCUCCAUAUCAUGUGAUUCAGGUGUUCCUAUCCCCUCCAUAUCAUGUGAUUCAGGUGUUCCUAUCCCCUCCAUAUCAUGUGAUUCAGGUGUUCCUAUCCCCUCCAUAUCAUGUGAUUCAGGUGUUCCUAUCCCCUCCAUAUCAUGUGAUUCAGGUGUUCCUAUCCCCUCCAUAUCAUGUGAUUCAGGUGUUCCAAUCC